AUGCCCGCCGCCAAGAGCAAUGGCCAGCCCCAGCUGCUCUUCGUCGAUGGAUCCCUCGAGGAGCUCGCCAAGGAGAUGGCCGACUACCUCAAGGCCGACGAGGCCAAGCAGCUGCUGAGCAAGGAGGCGCCCAAGGAGGAGGUGCUCGCCAAGCUCGUGGCCGCGUCGCAGGCCCUCAGCACGGUGCCCGAGAAGGAGUACACGGCGGCGUCCAACCUCAUGAUUCACCUUGUGCUGCAGUCGGCCGACCCCAAGAAGUACCUGCCGACGCUCUGCAACAACUUCUCCAAGCCCCUCGCCAGCGCCCCCGUCCACGGGCCGGGCCUAUCGCUCAACGCGCUGACGACCGUCUUCAAUCUGCUUGACCACGAGGACCCCAUCCGCGCGCGCGUCCUCAUGGAGAUUCUCAAGUUCCUCAAGGCCCACAGCAUGUUUGACACGCUGAGGCCGUACCUCGACAACUUGCCCGAGUGGAUAGACAUCUGGGGCACCGGGGAGGAGAUUGAGCGCAAGAUUUACGACGAGGUCGCUCAGGUCGCCCUGGAGGCGGGCGAGGAAGAGAUAAGCUACGAGUUCAUCCUCAAGGCCCUACGAACGUUCGACUCGGACGACAAGGAGGAAAUCACCUCCGAGGAAGCCCAAAGACUAUCCCUCCGCGCCGCCAAGAUGGCCAUCCUCUCCAGCACCCACUUCCUCUUCCAGGACCUGCGCUCCAUCCCCAGCGUGCAGGCCCUCGGCGACUCCCACCCCGUCUACUCGCAGCUGCUCGACAUCUUUGCCGAGCAGGACCUCGAAGACUACGACGACUUCAACGAGGAGCACGAGGGCUGGAUCGAGCAGCAGAAGCUGGACCACGACAAGCUGCACCGCAAGAUGCGCCUCCUGACCUUUGCCAGCCUGGCGGCCGCCACGCCCAGCCGCGAAAUCGAGUACGCCAAGAUCGCAAAGGCCCUCCAGGUGCCCAAGGACGACGUCGAGAUGUGGGCCAUUGAUGUCAUCCGCGCCGGCCUGGUCGAGGGCAAGCUGUCGCAGCAGCGCGACAUGUUCCUCGUGCACAAGGUCACGUACCGCGUCUUUGGCCAGAAGCAGUACCAGGAGCUCGCCACGCGCGUCGACCACUGGCGGACGACGCUGCAGAACGUGCUCGGCGUCCUGCGCCUGGAGCAGGCCAACGCCACGGCCCAGAAGGAGCGUGAGACGCAGGAGCUGGAGCGCAAGAUGAACAGCGCCGGCAUGGGCCAGGGCGGCCCGGGGCGCCGGCUGCCGCAGCGCGAGAGGACCGACAACGACGACUGA